CAGCAGCAGAUACACCAGAGAAACACACAAGAGAUGAAAAAAAUGGCUCAGACUCUAUAUUUCAGUCUUCUUGUCAUCGCUCUCUGUUCAUCAUCUGAAUGCUCUCAGCGCCGCUAUCACUAUAUAAACAUUGAGAAGAACUGGACUGAAGCUCAGAAAUACUGCAGAGAGAACUACACAGAUCUGGCCACAGUCAACAACAUCAAUGACAUGAACGAGCUGAAGAACACUGUGAAGAACAAUCAGAACUUCUGGAUUGGACUGAAGAAUACAGAUGUUUAUAAAUGGAAGUGGUCUCUGGGUGAUCCUGUGAACUAUAUGAAAUGGAAAACUAAACCAUCAUCUGUCACAAAUAAUUGUGCUGUUAUGAGAAAGGCAAAAUGGCGUCAGCAGGACUGUAAUGAGACGUCACAGUUCAUCUGUUACAAUGAGAACAAUAAGAGUCACAUCAUCUACACUUCUACUAAAACAUGGAGAGAAGCUCAGAGUUUCUGCAGACAGUAUCAUACUGAUCUGACCAGUGUGAGGAACCAGACUGACCAUCAACUGAUCCACAACAUCAUUAAUGAUCCUCAGAUAUCUGUCUGGAUUGGUCUGUUCAGAGACUCGUGGGAGUGGUCAGAUAACACUGACUCCGCCUUCAGAUACUGGAGGUCUAGUGAACCUAAUUAUGGACCAUCUCCUACAGGUUUCUGUACAGAGAUCAUAAAGAAUGAUGAAUGGAAGAGUCAGUGGAAUGAUGCUGGUUGCAGUAAAUCUCAGCCCUUUGUGUGUCAUGAUGUAAUCCAUAAGGAUUCUAACUCCACCAUGUCAGAAGCCACUCCUGCUGAUAAUGGGACACAGGAGAAUGUGAACGAGGCAGAUGAGAAGCUGAUAUUGAUCGAAGAGAAUCUGAGCUGGACUGAAGCUGUGAGAUACUGCAGAGAGAAUCAUGUGGAUCUGGUUUCAGUUGAUUCAGAGAAGAUUCAGCUCUGGGCAGCAGAAGUGGCUCUUGAGGCCUCGACUGAUAGCGUGUGGCUGGGGUUACGUCACUCCUGCUCUGUGGGCAUCUGGUUCUGGGUGAAUGGAGAGAUUGUGUGUUAUCAGAAUUGGGCUCCAGGGAAUGAAACAUUAGUGGACGACUGUGAGCGUGAAGUGAGAUCUGGAGCGGUUCAAUCUGGAGGACGUCAUCUCUGGAUCAGUCUUCCUGAAUCUAAACAACUCAACUUCAUCUGCAGCAGAUAUGAUUGAUCAUUCAAUCAUCUGUGUGUUUCACUACCCGUCAUACACAGUUUGUUGCUUUUUUCUAUUAGUUUUAAUUUGUUUCUUGGUGAUGGGGUAAUAUUAAAUACAACUGUUUCAUCUCAAACUUGUUUGAUACAUAUUCAUAAACUACAUUUAUUUACAAUGUUCUGUGGUUUCUGAAGAAUUCUGACACAAUCGUUAAAUUUGUGAUCUUGUGCUGAAAUGUCAUGAAAUGUAUAUGUAAGCAAAAUUAUAUUUUGGGUCUUUUGUUCAGUGUCUUGUGUGGUUUUUGAAUAUUUUGCAGUUGUAUCAGAGGUAAAUGUUGA